CAUAAACCCAAAAAAGGAAGAGAGGCGCGAGACUUCUCUUCCCCCGCUCUCAAUUACACACCCGAUUCUAUAUUACCUCUUGUCGCGAAUCAUCGCAUGUUCCUCACCCAGUAACCGCGGCGAUGCUUAUCGAUGGCGAGAAGUGGGCUUGUGAAGCUUGCGUCCGGGGUCACCGUGUCAGCAGCUGUCACCACAGUGACCGCCCUCUGACCCACAUUAACAAAAAAGGCCGCCCAGUCUCCCAAUGUACUCACUGUCGCGGCCUACGCAAGUCACGGACAACCCACACCAAGUGCGAGUGUGGUGAUAAGAAAAAGAAUAGCCACAAGAAUGAUACAGAUCCCCAUGCUGCUGAUAAGCGGGAUCUCAAGCAGGACUCCCGUCCCAGAUGUGGCUGCACUCAUGGACAGCGCUGUACUUGCGCGCUGAAAAAGGAACCCCACCUGGAUACCGUCCCGGAAACCGGCCUUCCGCCACCCCCAGCCUCGGCUUUGUUGGAUCAGCCCAAGAAGCCCCAGCUGACGUCCACCAAAUCGGAGAGCAUGCUCACCGUUUUCCGGGAUGGUCACCACAAACCGGCUCACAAGCAUAAUGAUAUGGCUCACAAGUGUGGUCUGCCUUACACGAUACCUCGUUCCCACACGAUUCAUUCCACGGCCGACGUGGCUCGCCGCUCGGUUGAUCACCUUCCAUUGGCCCAGCAGACCCUGUUGAACGAAAGUCUGGCGACUCAGCAGCCCCCCGAGCAGCUGACCACCCACCGACUCCAUCGCCGGGUCAAGUCCGAACAUGGGUCCCCGGAGAGUGCCCCCGUUGUGCCGCCGAACGCUGCUGUUCCGACGACUGUCCCCCCACUCGACCUCUCGUCGUUUUUCCCACCAACCCAGACUCUGGAGAAGCCCGGCGACAUCAAUGUCUCCGGACCGGUCUCCACCAUGCCCAUGGCGAAGACUCCACUGGACCAGCUGGUGACCAGUGGCUUGCCUCUCGAUGUCUCGUCGUAUUCUACCUUCCCAACCACAGCCACGUCCCCUGUCAAUUGUAUGGCUUUCCAAGAUCCAUACAAGGAGGCCUACUUCACCUCCCCGGAAAGCGAGAUGCCCAUUGGAUUCAGCGCGCCUCCGGUGGAUUGGUCGAGCUUUCCCCUUUACUCGGACGUUCCGGCCGCAGCCAGCACGCAAGCUCCCUCAUACGCCAGCUUCGACUACAAUGGAAUCGGCCCUGGAUUCCCGGCUCCUUCUUCGUCCGGGGACAUCUCCGAAGUGGACGACUUUGCCCCGCUCUCCGGCCUGGGUCGGACCGGCAGUGACCUCCACGACCUAACCAGCGUGAGCGAAGGCUCGGACAUUGACCAUUAUCGGAUAAGCUCGGCGUCGUCGUUCAUUGGACUUCCUCAAGCUCAGCUCCUGGCAUCCAACAAUCUUGAGUCGAUCGAUAUCGAUGACUUCCUGAAGUCGGCCAACGAAUCCACCGCCGCGCUCGAGCAUCAGCUCCAGGCGAACAUGGGCAUGGAAUCGAAGCCUCUUCCCUCGCAAGAGACCUUCGUUCCCAUGUCGACUCCGGAAGCAUACAAGCCUAUGACCGCCCCGACGGCCAGCAUGCCCAUGACAACGUCCGCGACGGAUUCCAUGUGGCCCGUGGGGCUCUACGAUCCCAGCACGGCCUCGAUGGACGAAAAUAACACGGAAGCCAAUUUUUUCGUGCAAUCCUGGGUGCAGUAGGGGUUCCCAUCCAUACCGAUAGGUCUAGUGGUCUGUUAGCAGCACCUUACCACCACCUCCACACCGUCUGAGUGACGACCACCCCCGUCUUCAUGACCUUGAUGAGAGAUGAUGAUAAAUGCCUGAUUCUUGUUGUUCGAUUAGCCCUGUCCGCGAGUGACACUAAACUAUAGCAUUAAUUGAUUUAAAGAUAUACUCUUUGGUUUUUUUUUUUUUUUUUUCCGUGUUUGAGUUUAUAGACUCUGUCGGCGACAGUUUCCC